AUGCAGCGUUCCGCGUGGCCCUGGUGUGUGGGGGCAACGGCCGCGGUAGCAUCAGCCUGGCGCUCGGCGCGUGUGGCAGUAGCGCGUGUGGCAGUAGCGCGUGUGGCAGUAGCGCGUGUGGCAGUAGCGCGUGUGGCAGUAGCGCGUGUGGCAGUAACGCGUGUGGCAGUAGCGCGUGUGGCAGUAGCGCGUGUGGCAGUAGCGCGUGUGGCAGUAGCGCGUGUGUGGCAUACAUACAGGCUGACAACCACUGCCCUUCUCUCAACAUCGCACUCGUGCCCUCCCCUUCCCUCCCCAUCUCCCAACCCCCAUCCUCCCCUCCCUUAUCUGCAGCACGUGUGGCAGCAGUGCAUGUGUGGCAUACAAGCUGACAGUCACCACGCCCAAGGACAUGCCGCCCUCAACAUCACACUCACGCUCUCCCCAUUUCCCUUCACCCCCAUCCCCAUGUGCAGCACGUGUGGCAGCAGUGCGUGCGUGGCAUACAAGCUGACAGCCACAACACCCAAGGACACGCCACCCUCGCAGCUGUCCCUGCUCGCGCCCGCCAACAGCAGCGCCACCAGCGGGGGCGGUGCAGCACCCCCUUGCGCACAGGGCACGUGCCCGUUCCCCAUCCUCCCAGACGCCAUCACCUGGAGGAAGCCUGCUGCCGCCACCCCCACUCUCUGGGAAGCCAGCGCACCUCCCUCCUCCCCUUCCCCUCCUCCUCCUUCCCCUCCUCCUCCCACUCCUCCCUCUCCUCCUCCUCCCUCUCCUCCCCCUCCCUCUCCUCCCCCUCCCUCUUCUCCCCCUCUCUCUCCUCCUCCCCCCUCUCCUCCAUCUCCCUCCCCUCCCCUCGAACCCUCAGUCUCCCCGCUCCUGUCCCCCCCACUCGCCUCGCCUCCUGACGCCCCUGCUUCCCCUCCCCCUGACCCCCUUGUCUCCCCUCCUCCUGACUCCCCCUCCGGGAAUGGCAUCUCCUCCCCCCCUGACCCCCCUUCUUCCCCUCCUCCUGACUCCAGUGGUGCAUCACUGGCAGCAGCACUAGCGUCCCUUCGCACUGGGGGGGAGAACGGAGGCUGUGUGGGGGGAGGGGCGAGUGGGGGUGGGGGAACUGGGUCAGGUGGGAGUGUGGCACAAUCCUGGCCGUUGAUCGCGAUGGAGUAUGACGAGAUGUCGAGCAGUCCAGGUGGCGCGCAGGGAUUGGCCGUUGGGGAUUUUGCAGGGAGCACGAUUGCUGCCUUUGACCGUGCAUCAGCCCCGUUGCCAGCAGUGACGUCCCCCCAAUUCGCCAUCAACCUCACCGACCCCAUGCCGGGCGGCGCUCACAUCAGGGUCGACAGCCUGUACGUCUCUCGUCCGCUCGUUCUCCCUCUCCCUCCCUGCUCUACUCUCUCGUUCUCCCUCUCCCUCCCUGCUCUACUCUCUCGUUCUCCCUCUCCCUCCGUGCUCUACUCUCUCGUUCUCCCUCUCCCUCCCUGCUCUACUCUCUCGUUCUCCCUCUCCCUCCCUGCUCUACUCUCUCGUUCUCCCUCUCCCUCCCUCCUCUACUCGCUCGUUCCGAGUGGAACACGCGUGCCUCAAUCCACGGCCAGCUUCUACCGCAUCUCCUAUACAAUCAUCCUUGUUGCACCAGAUAACGACCCUCAGUCUGCUGCCCUCCUGCACUCCGUGAGAUACCGAUAG